AUGGGCGCUACGAAAGACGGCGGCUCAAAGCGCCGCGAAAAGCAGCUGGGUACUGAGAAGACUGUUCCGAUUAAAAAGGCAAAAACCCAAGAGCAAGUCUCGCUUCGAAUUUCUGAUACGGAGAAGAGCAUUGGUCCUGUCCUCGCGUCUUUUGGCGACUUUACGCCGGACAGGGGAGUAGCGUUUUCGCUCUACCACGCGCCGAGCGACAGUGCAAACAAUCUUGACAAGGACGAUUCGGGUGCCAACAUGGAUGAACGCUUGCUACUGGUGGGCGAGACUCCUAUAAUGCAGUACACGAGUAGCAAUUGGAGCUGGGGCGCGUCGUCUUCCGCUCCUGCUGAUGUACGUCGUGAGACCCGCGGGUACUCUGGAGAGUACUUGCUUGGUAUCUACGACAAAAAUACGCAGCAAGUCACUUUGCGCAAAGCCCCGGUCUUCACACUGAAUCGCUCUGUUCGUGCAUUGGAAAAUUUGAAUGCCAUGGCAGUCGAAAGUGGUGCGCAAGGCUUUGACUAUACAAAAGCGCGCCGCGAUCUUGGCGAAGCAUUUGGAAACAAAAAGCAGAAACAGGCCGCUAGGAAUAUGGAUCGCAUGAAGGUCAAUACGGAGAAUAUGGACGGUGUCCUGGAGCAUGUUGCAUCGGGGAUCGACGCCUCGGCGGCCGAAUUUCCUUCAGAAAAUUCGUUGGCCCAGUCCAUUAGUGCGAGCCGUGCAUUGCCGCAGGCAAGAAUGGAGGCACAGAGUCCUGCAGACGCAUACCCGUUGUUUUCCUUGGUGCCUGCAAAAGUCUUCAACGCGCUUGGGAUACACUCCAUGUUUAGCUGCGCAACGGAGAAAGAUUUGAGCAGCACCGUUCGUGUGCUUCCGCAUCCAUCGCACUGGCUGCUACCCCGCUUGUGGCACGCUGUGAGUCGCGCGUACAACGAUGGCGGAGAAACGGCAGCAUCCGCGAAGCAAGUGCGUAUCGGGUACUAUUUGGCCAUUCUCUUGGCAUUCCGCAAAAACGUACGUGGCCUUUCCAGAAUCAGAGACGACUAUGCAUCUAUACUUGGGCAAAAAAUGCGCCUCCCAGACGGGGAGAAGGAUAUUGUGAUGGAAGAAUUGCUGUCAAAGUUUACCGAAAUGCCGCGCGGCUCGCAAAAGUGCGUAUACACCCGUGGCACUAACACCCCAGGCCCAAGAUGA